GCGAGACACAAAGGACUUUCUCAGAUCCAUGAUCACAAGGAUAUGUUACUUGUGAAAGCUACAGCAAAAAGGAAAGGAAUUAAACCCACAGAUGUAAAAGGACUCUUACCCCUGAUGAUACUAAUGGUGAUAAUUUUCCUGAUGAUUGUGUUCUGGGAAAACGAGCUGUAUGAAGAAACAGUGGUGUCAACCAUAGAACACUUGCACGUGGACUACCCUCAGAGUAAUAUUGCUGUAAGGUACUGCAACCACAUGAUCUUAGAAAGAAUCAUCAAGGAACCUGACAACACCUGCAAAAAGGAGCAUGUCUUCAUCCACGAGAGGCCUCGACAGAUCAAUCGUGUUUGCACUUCUCCCAAGAGGAUGGCUUGCCAAAACCAUUCCAGCAUUUUAUGCUUCCAGAGUGAGACAAAAUUCAAAAUGACAGUCUGUAAGCUCAUUGAAGGUAUCAGAUAUCCUGCCUGCAGGUACCACAUUUCCCCCACAGAGGGGUUUAUUGUAGUCACUUGUGAUGACAUGGGGCCCGUUAACUUCCAGAAAUAUGUUGAAUAACUUGAGACCAGCACCUGAAUCUGAGAUCCUCUCUGCUCCUCUCCCAGGGGCACUGGUGCUGGUUCUUCCUGGUGCACAUCUGACUGUGGACAUGGGGGGAAAGCCCAAGUGAAAUGGUAGCCACCAGUAACUCAUUUAUCCUUCCAGUAUGGCUGAGCUGGAAUCUUCUU